GCCUGCCCACCACACCGGAGCCCCUGGCUGUUGGCCGGUUCCCGAACUCCACCUCCGUGGGCUGGGAGCGCUGGUCAUUAACUGCCCUCCCGGCCGAGGGUUAUGCCAAGGUGAUGGGUUCAAUCUCCCAUCAGGGCAUGUGCAGGAAAGCAACCAAUGACUGUAUCAGGAAAAGAUGCCCCAAGGCCAGAGGAAGAGGGCGCCCUGUUUUUUCGGAGAAAAGGAAGUGGACAAGGCGAAGGGUCCAGCGUCGGGAGGAGGGGCUCCCCGAAACAGGAGUGCUGGACAGCGCGCAGAGAACCCGGAGUCGGCGUGGAGCAGAAAGGCGCUCGACAGGAGGGGGCGUGCAGGCCGCCACGAGGGAGUGCUCCCGGCUCCUGCGCCCCGCGUCGCCCCCACUGCCGCGUGAGCCCCGGAGUCCCUCCGGGCACCCCGCCCUCCCAGGUGCACCGCCCGCGGCUCUGUCCCUCACACGCCCCCGCUGCAGCGCGCGCCCCAGCCGGGAGGGGGCGCCCGGCGCGCCGCCGGCAGAGCGAGGCGGGGGAUUCAAGCGCGUUAUAAGGCGCGGAGUCCGAGAGCGCAGGAUUCCGAGACGCCGCGCUCAGAGCCGAGAGGGACCCGCCGCCCACAUGGCCUCCGCCGGGGCCCGCCUGCUGCUCGUCUGCGCGUGCCUGCUGGCCGCCGCCGCCGCCCUCGGUUCCCGAGACCCCGGUGCGCCCGCGGGGAGCCGCGCCGGCCAGGAGCCGAUGCCCAAGAAGGAGCCGCCCGCGGGCGCCCGGGAGAGCCGCGCGAGGCUUGACACCAGCCCGCCGGAGCCCACCACACAGCCGGCCCCCAGCCUGAACCCCCGGGACACCUGGCUGUGGUUCCUCAGGCACAGUGACAAGGAGGACAGAGUCAAAGACAGGAAGUCGAAGCCCGGCCUGCCCAGGUCCCGGGAGCCCUGUGGCAUCCAGGGACCCACAGGCACCGCCGUUCCCGUGGAAGGACGGCAGAAGUGGCAGCAGCUGCUGAAAGCUGCGGCAGAGAUGCUGCGCCAGGACGCGGAGCGCCGCCCCGCCGCGGAGGACGAGGAGGAGGAGGCGGGGGAGCCGUCCGUGGUGGCCCUGCUGACCCAAGCCUCGAACCGGGGUUCGCGGGCCCGGAUGGUGGAGGCCGCCUUCCACUGCCGCCUGCGCCAGAACGUGUCGGUGGAGCGGCGCGCGCUGCAGGAGCUGGGCGGCUACUACCUGCCCCAGGCCGAGGGAGCCUUCUACCGCGGCCUGGGCCUGAACUUGACCAGCGGCCAGUACACGGUGUCGGUCCCCGGUUUCUACGCACUCGCCGCCACGCUGCACGUGGCCCUCCCAGAGCCGCGCCCCCGGAACCGCCUGCGCCUGCUCAUCUGCAUCCAGUCCCAGUGUCAGCGCAACACCUCCCUGGAGACCGUGGUGAGCAGGCCGACUGGCACAGAGCUCUUCACCAUUUCCGUGAGCGGCGUUCUGUAUCUGAAGAGGCGGCAGUACACCUCCGUGUUCCUGGACAACGCCGGCAGCUCCCCCGUCACCGUGCGCAGUGGCUCCCAUUUCAGCGCCAUCUUCCUCGGCGUCUGAGAGGCGCUGCUGCGCAGACCAAGCUGGGUCCUGGCGAUCACGAGCAGAGGUUGCACGUAGGAGGCAGCCCACUGCCAUUGCCCACAGGGGCCUCCACGGCUCCACCCAGGGUGGCCACUCCAGGGGGCCAGGGGAGGUGGCAGGCAGCCCUGCCCUCGGGGACCAGGAAGGACCUCGGGGUCCAGCUCUCACCCCGGGUCAGCGCACUCGCUCCUCUGUGCCUGGCUGUGGCCUGGGCCCCUCCUGGCCUAUCGGGGGGCUCGCCUACAGCCUCGGCGUCUCCUCUGUGGCCCGACCCCAUCAGGUCCAUCUUUCCAUCCGUGUGGAGCGGCGUGGGGCCCCUGGGAACCCAAGCAGUGUGGCCAGGCCUUCCCCCACCCCCCAGGGCUCCCCAGUCUCUGCCAACCCCUCACCUGGCUGCCACUGGCCUCCCACAGACCGCAGGGCACUGCCAGGCACAGCAGCCAAGGACACCGCACGACUGCUGGAAAGGGUGUAUGAGGGGACAGGGCAAAUCUGGGCCCGGCUUCCAGCUCUCUUUGCUUCUUAAGUGUGCCCAGGACCUGGCCCGCUCGCUAGCAGACGCGGUUUUUCAGAGGGGCUGCCCGCUCCUCUUUGCAGACCGGUUCACAGCCGAGUCCUUUCCCAUCCCCCGAGGCCCAGUGACUGCGGGACCCACUUUCGGGAGGGAAGAGCCAGAACAUCUCUGUAGGCCCCGCCCACGCAGCCACCCAGAGGAGAGGGAGCAGAGCCACAGCCUAGCAGCGGCCCGCUGGCUGUGGGGCCCUUGAGUGUCUGCCCCACUCGGGUGGAAGCAGCUCUGAGCUCAGAAGGGGACGGGCCGUCUGAAAAAGGCUGGUCUUGAGAGCUGGUGCCAGUCCCCCUGCCUCUGCAGCAGUGAUGGGACUGGGGACCGGGGGUCACCCCAGGAGGGGGCAGGGCUGUCAGCCCACAGCACACUCCUCCCAAGGAGCAGAGGGUCCCUCCGGUUACCCACACUCCCACCCCUCUCCCCACUGGGCUCCUGAGACCUGGGAGAGAAGGGGACCAAGGCUACUGUCACCUCGACCUCCUAGCUGGCCUCAGGACGACUUCCCCAGGAGCCCAGUCUCCCCACUCCCACGGAGUGAAACACCUCACUCCCAGCCAGGCGCCCCCACAAUCGUGGCCCCCCCAGAACUGUGCCCCUUGGCAGCUGGGCAUGCUUCUCGGUAGGCACCCGCCCUACCAGGAAGUGCCAGCUGGCUGUGCCCUGUGUCCCCACGCCGUCUGAUAAGGGCAGGUGUAGCCACAGAUGUUUUGGAAAAGUUAGCUUUUACCCUUGAAAGAGCCGCAGCGCGCUCCCUCCCUCGGCCCUAGCGCCACACAGCCCGCACCCACGCAGUCCUCCGUGCUUUGCCAGGUGAGACCUGUUUAUGCAGCUGACGCGACCAGGUGGCUCCAGUGUGAGAAUUGCUACAUGAUUGUACAAAGUCACAAAAAUAAAGUG